AUGAACCCCCAAAAAACACAAAAGCCGAUGCCACAUAACUUUGACUUUGCCGGCGACUCCUCAGAUGAUGAAGAUGGAGUUGAAGGCGGUCCCUUGAACCCCGAAGCCGAGGACCUAGUGGACCGAUGCAGCGAGCUCUUAGAUGAAGUAGAAGCAUUUCAGAAGAGCUUACGGAGAAAUAAGCUCGAAAAGGGGGUGGAGCUACGGCAUUUUCAAACUGCGGUUAAGAGCGAGUUAAGAGGAUUGCAGUCGCUCACCUUUGAGGCGCCAACUUCGUCAAAAAUUAGGCACUCGCUAAGAAGCUCUAAUCUAUCAUAUUUGGAGACUGUGUGGUUAGCUGCAAAGUCAACGACAGGUAUCAAGGGCCUUACUAAGAGCUUUACCAUCACGGAGCCUGGGGAACUGUUAGGAGACAGUGAAAAGAGGGGAAGGCGUAAAAAGUCAUCGGUUUCAGUGGACGUUGUUGCGCAGAAUGGGUUACAGUGGAUAAAGGUUUCUACAAUAGCGAAUUCUCGAGUCCUUCAUGAGAUCGCAAAAGCUGGAUGGGAGGAAUCGACAUCUCCCUACGAUUCUGAAUCCGAAACCGAAGAUACCCCCGGUCACGAUCAAGAGGAAAAUACGCAGCUAGCAACCUCUUCACUAUCUCUCAUAAAGAUGUCGAAGCUUAUGCACAAGGCAGCGGAACAAACGCGGAUUCAGUACCUUCAUCCCACAGUCCUUUUCUUCCUCCCGAACAUACACCCUUCCCCUUCUACCCCAGAGAUAGAUACCUUCCUCUCCACCCUCCUUGCAACCGGCGCACGCAUCCAGUGCGGACCCGACCUAGAUCUGAUAUCUCCAAAGCCAAGUCUUGAAACAAUGCUUCAAAGUCUCGAAUUAACUGAAUCACGCCGCUACGAGAACUUUUCGGAUGUUCUUAAUAUCGACUGUACCAUUCUUUUAGCUCUCAUAUCCGACAUUUCUAACGCGACUGUUCCUGUCGAACCUCGGCUCCACCCGGCGAUCCUCCGACAACUAGAAUUUGAGAAGGAGUUAGCACUACUACCAAAUCUAUUAUGGCCCGCAUUGCGUGGGAGGAGAAUGGUGUGCACAAAUACGGCAAGGGAGAGAUUUGAAGAGAUUGUGGAGAUUAUUGGGAGUGAAAAUGAGAAGUUGAGGGCAGAACUGAUAUUAGAUACUAGGAGGAAAAAUAAGAAGCAGCAAAGUGCAGGGAAAGAUCAGUACUACUAUGACGAAGACGAUAUGGAGCCGGUAAAGCCACAGGAAAGUCCCACGUCACGGCUAAAAAGGUUUCAGGAGGUAUCGAUACAUACAGUUCCGGAAGAUAUACUAUUUCCCAUUGUAACACUUCCGGAAUGGGAAUCAGAGGAAUCGCUGGAACACAGUGAAGAGAAGGAGUGCAUGGCGAGAGUCUCAAAGAAGCUCUCGCAGGUUAAUAGAAGUGUGUUUAUGAUGGGGUGGAAGAAGGGUUAUACCACUGUCACAAGUAAUAGGACGGUUGCGAAAUUGAUUGAGGGGCAGGUAGGGGAAGAGGAGAAGGGUCCGGAUCUGUUCGUGCUGGACACGGCGAGGAGUUUAGUAGGGAAAGCAAAGAGAAUUGAGAAGAAGGACUUGGAGUAA